CUUUUGGUCUUUGUUGGCGAAGCAGGAAGAUGUCGGAGACCGCGCCGGUUCCUCCUGCUGCUCCCGCACCUGCGGAGAAGACGCCUGUUAAGAAGAAGGCGAAGAAAACGGGCGUUGCUGCCGCCAAGCGCAAGGCGUCCGGGCCCCCGGUGUCCGAGCUCAUCACCAAGGCCGUCGCCGCCUCCAAGGAGCGCAGCGGCGUGUCCCUGGCCGCGCUCAAGAAGGCGCUCGCGGCCGCCGGCUACGACGUGGAGAAGAACAACAGCCGCAUCAAGCUGGGCCUCAAGAGCCUGGUGAGCAAGGGCACCCUGGUGCAGACCAAGGGCACCGGCGCCUCGGGCUCCUUCAAGCUCAACAGGAAGGCGGUUUCGGGGGAAGCCAAGCCCAAAGCCAAGAAGGCGGGCGCGGCCAAGCCCAAGAAGACGGCCGGGGCAGCCAAGAAACCCAAGAAGGCCGCGGGGGCGAGCGCCCCCAAGAAGAGCGCCAAGAAGACCCCCAAGAAGGCCAAGAAGCCCGCAGCAGCGGCUGUCGCUAAGAAAGUGGCCAAGAGUCCGAAGAAGGCGAAGGCUGCCAAGCCCAAAAAGGCCGCCAAGAGUCCAGCCAAGGCCAAAGCCCCGAAGCCCAAGGCAGCCAAGCCCAAAGCGGCCAAGCCUAAGGCGACAAAGGCAAAGAAGGCUGCGCCUAAGAAGAAAUAAAAAUUACAGCGGGAUGUCCUGCUUUGGAAAUCUCAAAGGCUCUUUUCAGAGCCACCCACUACUAUCAGGCAAAAGAGCUUAGUAACUAGUAAGUAUUUUACUUAGCCAUUAUUUUGUUUAUAUAUUAGAACCUGCA